CAUUGCACGAACUUUUUUUUAACAAUGCUAUCAUAAGAGCUUAUUUUAGUCACCUUCAUUUGCAAAUUCUCUCCGUUUCUGCACUUAGCUCUGUUAUACAAUAAUGGAUUCUCUUCAAAUGAAGAAGAUUCAAGCUAUGAACAAGUACAGAAAACAGCGGCUUCUCAACAAACUCAUGCUUUAUUCAUUCACAGCACUGAGUUGCAGUUUAUUUCUCUCUAGUCCUCUUUGGUAUCCCAUUCUUCGUUCUUUUGUAAAAGUCUUUCUCUUCGACUCUAUACCUAAAGUUGGUGCACUAGUUUUCAGUCCUAAGUGUAUCUUCAUAGUUGGUAACCUCAUAGUUAUAGUUCUUGUUGGAGAGUCUAAGAUCUUCAAAUCAAGAUCCUCUUCUUUAGCCUCUAAUGUGAAGCUGAACUCUACAAAGGAGCAAGAAAAUGAAGAGAAAGAUCAGAAAAACUUCAUUUUUAUUGCUGGAGAGUCUAAGAUUUUCAGGUCAAGUCAUUAUUCUUUACCCUUUAAUGGAAGAGAAGUGAAUCAUGAAGUGAAAGAAGAGGAAUUUUACGGAUAUGGUGAUAAAGAGGAGGACCAGAAAAUUAGGGAAAAUUGCACCAGAUAUUGCGGAGAAAAUGAGAAAGAUCAGAAGGAAGAGAAAUAUAAGGGAGAUUAUCAGGAGUUCAAAUUUGCUGCAGAGCCUAAUGAAUUGAGCAAGAGAGCUGAUGAUUUUAUUGCUAGGGUUAACAAGCAAAUUAGGCUUGAAGCUGUAACAAUAGUUUAGACCAACCAUAAACUACGUAUUACUCUAGAGAGUCAAUACAUUUGCGCAUUGUGAUGUCUCUUAAUUAGAGUUCAAAAAACAGUUGCAAUUUGCAUAAUUUGUUCAGAUUUUAAGUACUUCUGUACAUUGAUAAUUAGUUCUUUAUA